AUGCCCAAGCACAAGUCUUUCCUCAAGGAGACAAAGUCCAAGAAGAAGUCCGCUUCGAAGCAGGCUCCAGUGACGGCCGAUGAUUACCUUGCUGCGGGCGUCGAGCUAGAAGAAGCAGGCGAGAAAUGGCGAGCCGGCGAUGCAGCCAAAUCCAUGCGAUUUUUCAUGCGAGCUAUCACAAACUACGACGAAGGACUGCAGAAACACCCCGGGACAUUCGAUCUAGCCUAUAACAAAGCCCGAGUCCAAUACGAAAUCACCCAACAUCCCAAGCUAGCAGCACAACUCCCAGCCCCACAGGGAGAGAUUCUGCAGGUGGCACUGCAGUCGCACCGGGAGGCGCUGGUCCUGGAACAGGACAAUGCUGACGUGUUGUUCAAUUCGGGCCAGGUGCUGACGAGUCUAGCGGAGUCGAUAUCGAACUCUAAGCACCCUAGUGAUGAGCAGCUUAUGCAGGCUGGCACUUAUUUGCAAGAGGCCAUUGAGUUGUUCCAGCGGUGUUUGAUGGUGCAGGAGAUGAAGUAUACCGAGAGGCAGGAGGAGAUUGAGGCGAUGGAGUCUGGGGUUAUGCCGCCCCAGGCGCCGGAGCCCGUGGAGCAGACGCAACCGCAAGCCGAGGCUGCUGGUGAGGAGCCGGAGCAGGAACAGGAGCAGUGGGCUAUGAUUGUUGAGCCCAUCACGAAGAAUACCCUGGUUGAUACUGCCGUGGCGCAAUUGGAGACCUUGACCACGUUGUGCAACUUGUUGACAUUCAACCCGGGUGCCGGUGGUGUUGGCUGGGUGCAGGAGUAUUCAUCAGAGCUGGUGGAGUCGCGGCUCCCUGCCUAUGCCGAGGGCUCGGACAGGCAGUAUGAGGCGGGUUUGGCGCGGGCCAAAUUCAUUUGUGCAUUGAACGAGCUUCUGUACCGUGGUGGACACACCGAUAUCCAAACAUACCAGCAGGAGGUUGGGCAGGUGUUUGGGCCGGACCUGGUCGUCUCCGCGGACCCUGAAGGACUUUGCGCUAAAGCGGAUGCGCUUACAUCACUCAAUGCAUCGCUCAACGACAUUCCCCCAUCUGAGGAUGAUGAGGCAUUCGAGAACGCAGUGGCAGUCCGGUGGAAAUCGCUCUCGACAGCCUUGGAAGCUUUGACAGUUGCAUCCAAACACCCAGACGCCGACAACCUGCCCAAAAUCCACAUUGGACGGGGAGACGUGGAGAUGCAUCGCUGGCGACUGGGUCGCGCUCCUUGGAACCAUGCCAUGGCAAAACAGAAUGGCGCCAUGCUCCUGCGCAAUGCGCAAACAUACUACCGCGGCGCAGCUGCAUUAGCCCGCCGCGACGGAGCCACCGACGAAGAAAGGGACGGAUCAUGCAAGGAAGCAAUUGCCGCAGCACUGGAAGGUCAGGAUACCAAGCUCGAGCAGCUCAAAAGAACCGUCCUCCAGCAACUGGUCGCCGUAGCACAAGAUAUGGUGGAAGACGGAAUGGUGGACGGAAGAGAAUUGAGUGCGCUGAUCUCAUGA